AUGUCCAAUGAAUCACAGCAGCAUAUUCCCAAGCGCACGGGCCUCGACGUGCUCUCGGGCGCCGAAUUUACCGAAAUCCAGGAGUCGAUGGGUAAUAUGAAUCCAUCCGACUCCAUGUCCUUUGACCUUAACUCCAUCUUCCCAUAUUCCGAGGCAUCGUCAACGCACAGUACGGAGGCGAUUCUGUACGACACGGACCAAUCCGUCCAUCAGCAUGUCUUCUCCAAUCCUACCAUAGGUUAUGAACAGCCUCAGGAGCCCGAGUCAAUAGGCAAAUUGUCAAACUGGUCUAAGGAUGCGGUGGAAGUUCUAAAGAAAUGGCUUAAACAGAACUGCCGCCAUCCUUAUCCGACAAAGCAGGAAAAAGCGGAGUUGGCUGAGCAAACCGAGCUGACUGUCACUCAAGUGUCAACCUGGUUUGCAAACGCUCGCAGACGGGGUAGACAUGCGUCUGCAGACCGGUGCCUGACGUCCACGUCUCUCAGCUGCCCCGAUAAACCCCGCAAAGUUUCGGACGAGCAAUGGCCGUCUUUCAGUCCACUUGACCGAUGGAGAAACUCGCCUCCAGAAGUCGAAGCUGCAUCCUUAGAAGCUAUUAGGAGUGCAGUGGCUCGCAGUGGAACGAGCUACCUGCCCACCGGAGACUUACAGCACCAAUCACCGCCGGAGGAUAAUGAUGCUCGAUCCCUGGUAUCUUCCAAAGCGUCCGGAUCAGCUGUAUCAAGUAGCUCCAGAUCAUCCGCCUACAGCUUCGACUCUAACCAUUCUCAUGGAUCUUUCGGUCGCUUUUACCUGGAGAAAGUCCCUCGGCGCCGUCAUAGACGGCAAACAAGACCUGCUUCUACCCUACCUACGCCCUCAACAAAAAGGUCAGUGGGCAAAAGACCGUAUCAAUGUACGUUCUGUACGGACACAUUUCGCACGAAGCAUGACUGGACGCGGCAUGAAAAUACAUUGCACUUAUCCCUGGAGACCUUCACCUGUGCCCCGUUCGGUUCGACCUACAACGAUCCGUCAGGCGGUACCAGGAUGUGUACCUUCUGUGACUGCCCCCAACCAUCGGAAAGCCAUAUCGAGUCCCAUCGGUUUAGCCUAUGCCAGCAGAAACCUGUCGCGUUGCGAACGUUUUACCGCAAGGACCAUUUGGUCCAGCAUUUGCGCCUGGUGCAUGGCGUCAACAAUCUUAUACCGUCGAUGGACACCUGGAAGUCCCAAGUGACAAAUAUCAAUUCGCGAUGCGGGUUCUGCGGCGAAACAUUCACGUUAUGGUCUGAAAGAAAUGACCAUAUUGCCCGGCACUUCCGGAAAGGGGCACUAAUGAAGGACUGGCGAGGCUGUCGAGGCCUCGAUCCAUCUGUGGCUUUAGCAGUGGGAAAUGCGAUGCCGCCUUAUUUGAUUGGUAUUGAGUGCACCGGGAUAGAGCCCUUCAGCGCUUCUUGGUUAGCUGCCAAAGACGCUCGGGGAGCAGAACCAACGGACCAGCGCACAUCAACGGCAUCCAAGCCAACGCCGUUUGAAUAUCUCACCGCACGCCUUACUGGAUUCGUAAAUGGGAUCCAGGCCGCAGGGGGCACUGUCAGUGAUGAAUUGCUACAAAAGGAGGCCCGCUGUAUCAUGUACGGAGACGACGACCCGUGGAAUCAAACGGCAGCAGAUAACCCUGAAUGGCUGAAGCUAUUCAAAGAGGGAAUGGGACUUUGUGCGGCAUCAGGUCCACCACAGUCCCUUGGCAGUGAAGACUACAGCUUUUGUCUCCCAUGGUCAGCCGGCCAAUGGGAGCCGUUUAAUGCCACUACCAAUCCAAUUUCUCAAGAUUCUUCAGAACCGAUGUUGAACGAAUGGAUGAGUUGGGCAUGGCAUAGCCCAGAGUGCCUCGUCGAAUAUAGACAAAGUAAUAUGGCGGCGGGCUCCUCUAGGCCGACUGGGAAAAAAGGGAGUUAG